AUGCAACCUCCUAGGUUCUCAAGUAUCGCCGUUACUGCAUACACGCAUAAUUUAGAAUCCUCAGAUCGAGUUGGGUUAUCUCUCCAGAAUCAUCUCGAAUCGAGUCCAGGGGGUUCCUACUCUUUAGUCGCAGGUCAAUUGCAGAAAAUUUUAAAUCGAUCGACUAAUAAUGAGGAAUUGAAGAAGAGGUAUAAGAUCGAAAAGUCCUGGCGAGAAGACCGUCGAUGGUCCCUACUCGCUUUACUUGACAUUGUGAAGGACCAAGCGUUCUUAAAGGAAAUCCGGAACCUGCUGAAGGAGUGGUCGAGUAAUCCACGGCUACUAUCAUUAGAGCACGACAAAUUUCAGUCCAACAUAUGUCUAUUUGUUGAGGCUAGGACCGGACGGAAAGGUCUCCAGUACCAAGAAAAUCUCUACGAAGCUAUCGAGAAGCAACGAACAGAUAUUGCUCUACAACAGCAGAUCAUCACUUGCCUUGAAUAUCGGUAUGCACUGGAACAUCGGCCACAGAAACACGCGCCAUUAAUGACUACCUUGGCCGGCACUGCCAGCGCCACUGGUGCCUGGCAAAUGAUGUGGAAACUCGCCAUGGAAACGGAAUUGGAUAAAACGAUUGUAGAUUAUAUCAACCCGCUGAAUCCGGCACUUCUACCUGCUACAUCAACAACCACAGCCUCGUCAGCCGCCUCGACUCUAGCGACACCAGUCGCGGGCGCGGUCCUGUCAUGCAGUUCAACCACCAAUCCAACCCCUUUGGCAGCCCCACCAUCUUUCAGAGUGUUACUCCAAUUAGACUUUAGCUUUUGGGCGAAAGCUUGCGUUCAAUUGAGGAAUGCCAAGAAUCCCCCAACGAUCACCGGAGGGACAGCACCAAGUACAGCACCGGGGACAGCACCAGUCACCGCAGCACCACCCCUAGCCAAACAUCGCAAAUGGGCAUCUCCCCCUAGUUGGACGACGACUGGAAAUUUCAAUCAAACUGUCGAGGUCUACAAGCCAGAGUACUGGACAUGGCCGAGCUUUCGGCAUGGGUACGAUUUGUAUAGCGAGCUCAGUGCGAACAUUCAUACCUACAACAAAUCUUACGACAUCCAUGAGAUUAAUUUCACCAGGAACUCUAGGCUCAUUCUCAAAUAG